AUGCGCAUUUGGCAUAAACUCUCACCAGCAAAAUUCCUCCAGCGGCUCGUUGGAGAGGGGUACAACUCAGAGAAGCAUAGUUCUGUGAAGUUCAUUGUUCUCCUCGAGCAAAAAUAUGAUGCUUCUCAUUUUCUGGUGAACUACAAAAGCAGGACUAAUAAUAUGGCCAGCAGCAAAGCCCAUGAGUUGGAGGACAAGAUAUCUAUGGCAUGGGUGACGAAACUAUCGGCAUCGCACGAUAUACACUCCUCGCUGGCGAAUUACUGCCACCUGGCGGGCUUGCCCCAUGAAACGGAGCCCGUGGUGGCGAAUACUUCCCCUUCGGCCGCGAUUCUCUGGGACUCGGCGAAUGAGGAGGCGCCACGUGCUGGCAGAGGAGGCGGUGCAGGAACAGGCGCAGAUGCGGGUGAUUCUCCCCCAAACACAUAUCCACGAUUAUGGCUUGUUGAUGGUGAAGGUGAAGGUGAAGGUGAAAUAGCAGCUGGCAGCAUAGACGAGAGGCUGACUUGCUUGACGUGUCCAAACACAGUGUUGUUGAGGCCUAGAUUCUUCGAGUGGGACCCAGUUAUGGUUUGA